GAACCAUGUCAAGCCGAGUCUCGGGACGGCUGCCCUGAGACACCCGGAGAGAAUGUUGGCUCAAUUAAGAAACAUCAGGGAGAUAAAUUCAACUCAGCGCAUUUAAAAUGACUACAAAACGAAGUUUGUUUGUGCGGUUGGUACCAUGUCGCUGCCUACGAGGGGAAGAGGAGACAGUCACUACUCUAGAUUAUUCUCAUUGUAGCUUGGAACAAGUUCCCAAAGAGAUUUUCACCUUUGAAAAAACUUUAGAGGAGCUUUAUUUAGAUGCUAAUCAGAUUGAAGAGCUUCCAAAGCAACUUUUUAAUUGUCAGUCUCUACAUAAACUAAGUUUGCCAGACAAUGAUUUAACAACAUUGCCAGCCUCCAUUGCAAAUCUUAUUAACCUCAGGGAACUGGAUGUCAGCAAAAAUGGAAUACAAGAAUUUCCAGAAAAUAUUAAAAAUUGUAAAGUUUUGACAAUUGUGGAGGCCAGUGUAAACCCUAUUUCUAAGCUCCCUGAUGGGUUUUCUCAGCUGCUAAACCUAACCCAGUUAUAUCUGAAUGAUGCUUUCCUUGAAUUCUUACCAGCUAAUUUUGGCAGAUUGACUAAACUCCAGAUACUAGAACUUAGAGAAAACCAGUUGAAAAUGUUGCCUAAAACCAUGAAUAGACUGACCCAGCUGGAAAGACUGGAUUUGGGAAGUAAUGAAUUCACAGAAGUGCCUGAAGUACUUGAACAACUAAGUGGACUGAGAGAAUUUUGGAUGGAUGGCAAUAGACUGACUUUUAUUCCAGGGUUUAUUGGUAGUUUGAGACAGCUCACAUACUUGGAUGUUUCUAAAAAUAAUAUUGAAAUGGUUGAAGAAGGAAUUUCAACAUGUGAAAACCUCCAGGACUUUCUCUUAUCAAGUAAUUCCCUUCAGCAACUGCCUGAGACUAUUGGUUCUUUGAAAAAUGUCACAACUCUUAAAAUAGAUGAAAACCAAUUAAUGUAUCUACCAGACUCAAUAGGAGGGUUGAGGUCAAUAGAAGAACUGGAUUGCAGUUUCAAUGAAAUCGAAGCUUUGCCUUCAUCAAUUGGACAGCUCACGAACAUGAGAACAUUUGCUGCAGAUCACAAUUACUUACAGCAGUUACCCCCAGAGAUUGGAAACUGGAAAAAUAUAACUGUGCUGUUUCUCCAUUCUAAUAAACUAGAGACACUUCCAGAGGAAAUGGGUGAUAUGCAAAAAUUAAAAGUCAUCAAUUUAAGUGAUAAUAGGUUAAAGAAUUUGCCUUUUAGCUUUACAAAGCUACAACAGUUGACUGCUAUGUGGCUGUCAGAUAAUCAGUCCAAACCUCUGAUACCUCUUCAAAAAGAAACUGAUUCAGAGACUCAGGAAACGGUGCUUACUAAUUACAUGUUCCCUCAGCAGCCAAGGACUGAAGAUGUUAUGUUCAUAUCAGAUAAUGAAAGUUUUAAUCCUGCAUUGUGGGAAGAACAGAGAAAACAGCGUGCUCAAGUGGCAUUUGAAUGUGAUGAAGACAAAGAUGAAAGAGAGGCACCUCCCAGGGAGGGAAACUUAAAGAGAUAUCCAACACCAUACCCAGAUGAGCUUAAGAAUAUGGUCAAGACUGUUCAAACCAUUGUACAUAGAUUAAAAGAUGAAGAGACUAAUGAAGAGUCGGGGAGAGAUUUGAAACAACAUGAAGAUCAGCAAGUUGUAAAUAAGGAUAAUGGUGUGAAGACUUCAGAAAGUACUACAACAAAAAGCAAACUUGAUGAAAGAGAAAAGUAUAUGAAUUCUGUACAGAAAAUGAGUGAGCCAGAAGCUGAGGCCAAUGCUGGAAAUUCACCAGGGACUGCAAAUAUGAAAUCGUCUGGGAACCUGAAGCACAUUGUUAACCAUGAUGAUGUUUUUGAGGAAUCUGAAGAACUUUCUUCUGAUGAAGAAAUGAAAAUGGCAGAGAUGCGACCUCCAUUAAUUGAAACCUCCAUUAAUCAGCCUAAAGUUGUAGCACUUAGUAGUAAUAAAAAGGAUGAUGCAAAGGAUACAGAUUCUUUAUCAGAUGAAGUCACACACAACAGUAAUCAGAAUAACAGCAACUGUUCUUCUCCAUCUCGGAUGUCUGAUUCAGUGUCUCUUAAUACUGACAGCAGUCAAGACACCUCGCUGUGUUCUCCAGUGAAACAGACUCCUGUUGAUAGUAACUCCAAAGUCAGGCAAGAAGAUGAAAAUUUUAACAGCCUUAUACAAAAUGGAAUUAAUUUAAACAAUUCACCAGAAGAAAAAUUCAAAAUUAAUGAUAAAAAGGAUUUUAAGUUACCUGAGUAUGAUUUGAAUAUUGAAGAACAGUUAGUUCUGAUUGAAAAAGAUGUUGAUUCAAAAGCCACAUCUGAUGACUCUCACCAGUUAGACCAUAUCAACAUGAAUCUUAAUAAACUUGUGACCAAUAAUAUUUUUCAACCAGAAAUAAUGGAAAGAUCAAAGAUGCAGGAUAUAGUGCUUGGAACAGGCUUUUUAAGUAUUCAUCCUAAAAAUGAGGCUGAGCACAUAGAAAAUGGAAAUAAGUUUCCAAAUUUGGAGCCCAUAAAUAAGGUAAACGGUCUUUCUGAGGACACUCCACACUUUCCUGGUAGGAUUGAACCACAGAAUAUCAGUUCUUCUGACAUGGGUAUUUCUAAAAGCACAGAAGAUCUAUCUCCUCAGAGAAGUGGUCCAACUGGAUCUGUUGUGAAAUCUCAUAGUAUAACUAACAUGGAGACUGGAGGCUUAAAAAUCUAUGACAUUCUUGGUGAUGAUGGCCCCCAGCCACCGAGUCCAGCAGUUAAAAUGGCUUCUACUGUGGAUGGGAAAAACAUAGUCAGAAGCAAGUCUGCCACACUGCUGUAUGAUCAGCCCCUGCAGGUGUUCACUGCUUCUUCCUCAUCCUCUGAGUUACUGUCAGGUACAAAGGCAGUUUUCAAGUUUGAUUCAAAUCAUAACCCUGAAGAGCCAGAUAUAGUAAGAGCCCCCACAGUACCUGGCCCACAGUCUACACCUCAACCGUAUGGUCCUCCACAGUAUAAUGUCCAGUACAGUGGCAGUGCUACAGUAAAAGACACUUUGUGGCACCCUAAACAGAAUCCACAAAUAGAUCCUGUCAGUUUUCCUCCUCAGCGCCUUCCAAGAUCUGAGAGUGCAGAAAAUCACAGUUAUGCAAAGCAUUCUGCCAAUAUGAAUUUCUCUAACCAUAACAAUGUUAGAGCCAAUACUGCAUACCACUUACAUCAGAGACUUACCCCAGCCAGACAUGGAGAAAUGUGGGCUAUUUCCCCUAAUGACCGGCUAGGGCCAGCGGUAACUCGGACUACUAUUCAGAGACAGAGUAGUGUGUCUUCAACGGCUUCUGUAAAUCUUGGUGAUCCCACAAGGCGUGCUGAAGGAGAUUAUUUAUCGUACAGAGAGUUACAUUCAAUGGGAAGAACUCCAGUCAUGUCAGGAUCACAGAGACCUCUUUCUGCACGAGCAUACAGCAUUGAUGGCCCAAAUACAUCAAGGCCUCAGAGUGCCCGGCCCUCUAUUAAUGAAAUACCAGAGAGAACUAUGUCGGUUAGUGAUUUCAAUUACUCACGGACUAGUCCUUCAAAAAGACCAAAUGCAAGGGUUGGUUCCGAACAUUCUUUGUUAGAUCCUCCUGGAAAAAGUAAAGUUCCUCAUGACUGGCGGGAACAAGUACUUCGACACAUUGAGGCCAAAAAAUUAGAAAAGAGUAUGCUGUCACGGUCCUUUAAUUCCAAUCUUACUGCUGUAAGCAGCUCUCACUAUGGCAGCUCUAGGGAUCUGCAUGGCAGCCAGGGCAGCCUGGCCCUGAGUGUGGCAGACGGAAGAGGUUCUGGUGGGCACAUUUUCCGACAUCCCCAGACAUCCAGUCCAGGAGAUUGUUGCCAAGAUGAUAGAUUCAUGUCAGGAGAGCAGACCCUCCCAUCAGGUGCACUUAGUCACAGAGAUCUUCCAGACAGCUUGAUGAAAAUGCCUUUGAGUAAUGGACAAAUGGGCCAGCCUCUCAGGCCUCAGGCAAAUUAUAGUCAAACACAUCAUCCCCCUCAGGCUUCUGUGGCAAGGCAUCCCUCUAGAGAACAACUAAUUGAUUAUUUGAUGCUGAAAGUGGCCCACCAGCCUCCACAUACACAUCCCCAUUGUUCUCCUAGACAAGGCCAUGAACUGGCAAGGCAAGAGAUUCGAGUAAGAGUAGAAAAGGAUCCAGAACUUGGAUUUAGCAUAUCAGGAGGUGUUGGGGGUAGAGGAAACCCUUUCAGACCUGAUGAUGACGGUAUAUUUGUAACAAGGGUACAGCCUGAAGGACCAGCAUCAAAAUUACUACAGCCAGGAGAUAAAAUUAUUCAGGCUAAUGGCUACAGUUUUAUCAACAUUGAACAUGGGCAAGCAGUGUCCUUGUUAAAAACUUUCCAUAAUGCAGUAGAACUCAUCAUUGUACGAGAAGUUUCUUCAUAAGCACUAUAACAAAAAAAAUGGGGGAAGAUAACAAGAUUUAUGGAAGAUACUUGCAAGGAAAAUGACUAUUUUGCUUAUUUUUAUAUAUAAAGAAGAACUCAAACUGUUGGCUUGGAACUUGUACAUUACUGAAAUAAUGGACCUUGUGGUUAGAGGGAAGAACCACUGUACAGAAGAUAAAAGAGACUGUUGGAUUCAAAUCAUAUAAAAUUUGUUGUUAGGUUUUUAAACUUAGCAAAUCAAGGCUACAAAAACAAAAUUAUGUUGUUUUUGUAUAGAUUGUAGGUUUAUUUUUGGAUUUCAUACACACGACUGACUGUAUGCAAGGCAAUAGUUAGCCUUGAUGUAGCCCAGAGACAGAUGGCAGAGCUGUCUAUCUCAUAGCUUUUGUGUCCUUACUUUUAUUCAACUGGUAUUAAUGUUUUUUCUGCCGAACUACUUUUUCCUUGUGGGUGAGAGGUUUGAAGUGUUGGCUUUUGCUGUGUGCGUACUGAGGAGCAGGUAGAUGAAGUUGGUGCUGGUGGGCUCACUUUUCAAGGCCAGAUUAAAGCAUUAUUUCCUAUAAAAAUCUGAGGCAAACGGUGAAAAAAAGUUACCUGAUAAUGUAUUUUUAUUAAUAGAAUAAUGCAAUAAAAUAUGUAACGUCUUUUUAAAAGACAAUAAUUGCAUUUUAUGAGCUCUACAAGAUCGAUUCUUGUCAUAGCAUAUACAUUUGCUACUGGUGAUUCAAUUUUUAAUUUUUUUAGUUACUGAGGUUUUUAACUCUAAUGUAGAUGCAUGUCCACGCAUUUCUCAUACUAUGAAGUCCCAAUACUUUUUUCUUUGAUAAAUGGUGGUACUUGCAACCUAAUUUUUAUAAUUAGCACUCCAUCAUAAUCUAAUCUAUAAUUUUUGUUUUAAAAAGCAGAUGAAACUAAAAAGCCAGUUUUAAGUUUUGUGUGUCACCCAUAAUACAAAAUGUCUGAAGGUUUCAGAAAGCCUCCUGGUUUUGUUGGCCUGGCCUUGCCUUGGUAGAGUGAGAGGAAAUGUGAGUGUGCAUGGAGCUAGGAAACCAAAGCAAGUGUGAGCCUGGCACAGCGAUGGAGCAUUGCUGAGGAGAGCGGAGAGCAAAGGGUGGUCCCGAGGCUGGCUGGCCUGCCUGCCUGCCUGCCUGCCUGCCUGCCAGUGUGGUGUUCAGAAAAGGGCUGUUCUACAGAUAACAUUCAAUGUGAACUCCACACACCAGAGUCUUUAAAGGGUUUCUAAAUGUCCUGGUAUGAUAGCAUUUUACCACCAAUUGCCUUUGUUCCUAGUUACUGUAACAAGUAUUGAUGAUAGAAGUCUAUUAAUUUUGUUUAUUCAAACCAUUAAUUUUAUUUGCUUUCGUUCUAUAUAAUCAAAUAAAAUUUGGGUAACAUGCAGUGGUAAGAAAAUGCAUGAUUAUUUGGACCAGAGGAAAGUGCCAUAGGAGACCAGCAACUGUUUUUAGUUGAGGCUAGUCUGAAAUUUUUAUUAAAGCAAUACUCAGUUCUUAAUUUUUUUAAUUUCUGAGAAGCAUAAUUUGGGUAAUUUUAAUGUGUUAUGCUCUUCAGCCUUGAUUAGUUGAGAUUCUUAUAGGACUAGCUAAAGCACCACCUACAUUAUUUUUACAAAAUGAGUUGGACUCAUUUCCAUUUCUAGUCAAAAUAGUCAGCACUUUUAAAAAUAUUUGAACUUAAAGUUAAAUAUUGCACUUCUUUCAAGCUGUUAUCAAUUGGGUAUUGUACUGUAUAGUUUUAAUAAUUUUGAUUGAAACCCUUUAACAACUCUUUGUAAAUUUUAACUCAUUUUUAGUUGAUUUUCAGUACUAUUUACAUAGGAAUUGAUUUUUAUGAAUAUAGUAGAAGAAAUGUGCUGUAUUUUGAUAAAAUUCACUUGUAUGUGUUGUAAUCUCUUAAACAAAGAAUGACAAACAGCUUCUUUAAUAUGAGUCUCGGUGUUCCCUUUAUUCUCAUUUUAUGUUGGUUAUUGAGUUCCCUGAUGAAAGACUCAUUGGCAGCCUUUAUAUUUACAAUAAGCCUUAAGCCGCAUAAUACCUGGGCAGGUGCCUGCCCUCCAAUGCUGUUCAAAUCUACUUUGCUAUUGAUAACCCCGUUAUUACUUCCUGUUUACUAUGCUCCACCUGGGCUGCUCUUACCUCCAAUUGGACAGCCCUCAGGACCACAUUCCGGCUCAGCUAACCCUUGGCAGCUUUUCAUUUCUCCUGCAUGUUCCUCCAUCCGCUCAAGCCCACAAAAUCUGCAUGUGGACUCUUGGAAGUUUUAAAGAUAAAAUUGCACGAGUUUCCUACAUGUUUUAAACACUGUUUUAUAUUUUGGCAUAGGAAGUCUUGAGACAAGUUUUUGCUAUGUAGCACAGAAAGUAUUCAGACUCACUGUGUAGCUAGAACUCUGAAUCCUCCUGCCUCAGCUCUCCUACUGCUGGCAUUACAGGCUUGUAGCUCAGUGCCUGAAUUGUUUACUUUAGACAUUACAAACGUUGCCUAGUCCACAGCUGUUGAUAGUAUCUUGUUAGGUUUAGCAUGUAUGUGAUCAAUUCUCAUUUGUGCUUCAUUAUUCUUAGUAAAGUCUCCAUGCCCGAGU